AAAAUCUUUGUGCAUUCUCUUUUAUAUGUAUGAUAAUACCUAACCAUUUUAUGGUUUACAUGUGGCAAUGUUAAGAAUAAUUUUACAGUAAGAUUUACUAAUGAAUAUUAGAAAACAUACUCAAAAACAGUCCUCUCCACCCUCUCACUUCCACUUGCAUACUUGAUCAAGACAUGAGAUCAAAAAUACUGAGACUAUUGAGUCUAACUAAUAAGACACAAAUGUGGACUUUGGAGACUCAUUUCCUUCCCACUUUUGGUAGCUUAGCUGAGGAGGCGAUCAAAUGGAUUGAGUCAGUCUGUAGAGAGAGAGCAAGGCUGAUUAUAGUUUUCCUGGCCUGCAAAGCUGUUCCCAGAGCCCUCAGUAUACAGACCUUGGUCAUCAGUAUACAUACUCCCUGAUGUGGUUUCUGGGCCUCAGAUCCCUUAAUAUAUAGGUUGGCGCUAAAGUAAUUUUGUAAACAUUUAAAGGCAAAAACCACAAUUACUUUUGCUUUUAAUGGCAAAAACCACAAUUACUUUUGCACCAACCUAUAUCUUGUUAUUUAGGGAAACUAGGCGUUCCCUACCUCUCUUGGGCAAACCUAUAGCUAUGUAACAUGGCAAUGGAAUGACACUAACUGCCUCAUUCUCCCUGGGAGUGCUCUCUGCAUGUUCAGUCUCCCAGUGAAGAGAACCCUUCUAUCAGGACCUUCAUCAUGAUACAAAAGGAAUAUCUAUGCCAGGCCACAGCUGCAGAUCAGUGCGUGUCUGAGAACUGUAUCUUUUCUGUUAUUUUUCUGCUUGAAAGUUUUUCACCAAUAAAUCCUGCACUAUGUCUGCACCAUAUGGUGCUAGUUAUUUGUGUUCUCUUGCAUGACACUAGUAAUAUUAUCCAAACACAAUUGCAAAAACUACUUUCCGUAGUUGGUAAAUAUACAGAAAUUGAGAAAAAGGAAGAAAUAUGAGGAAGAAAGAUAUUGCGUGUUGCAACAGUUCAAUGUUCUUAACUGAAGCCACAGAUGAGACACGGCUCAUUUGCAGACAUAUGGGUGAUUGGUACAGUCAGUUUAUGAACAGAAGUUUAAACUUGUAAGCUUAAGCUUCCGGUUAUAAACAGAAGUUUAAAAUUAUAGGUCCUGUUUAAUAUUCAGCUCUGUUAACUCGCUCUCACCUUUUUGUGUUUUUACACUUUGUCAAGAUUUCUUUACAUAUUCAUCAAUGUCUGAAGAAGUUACUUAUGCAGAUCUUAAAUUCCAGAACUCCAGUGAGACAGAAAAAAUCCAAGAAAUUGGCAAAUUUGGGGAAAAAGCACCUCCAGCUCCCUCUCGUGUAUGGCGUCCAGCAGCAUUGUUUCUGACUGUUCUGUGCCUUCUGAUGCUCAUUGGAUUGGGAGUCUUGGGAAGCAUGUUUCACAUUACUUUGAAGACAGCAAUGAAAAAAAUGAACAAACUACAAAAUGUCAAUGAAGAGCUUCAAAGAAAUGUGUCUCUACAACUGAUGAGUAACAUGAACAGCUCCAACAAGAUCAGGAACCUCUCCACCACACUGCAAACAACAGCCACCAGAUUAUGUCGUGAGCUAUAUAGCAAAGAACAAGAGCACAAAUGUAAGCCUUGUCCAAGGAGAUGGAUUUGGCAUAAGGACAGCUGUUAUUUCCUAAGUGAUGAUUUUCGAACAUGGCAGGAGAGUAGAAUGGCCUGUGUUGCUCAGAAUGCCAGCCUGUUGAAGAUAAACAAUAAAAAUGCAUUGGAAUUUAUAAAAUCCCAGAGUAUGUCAUAUUCCUAUUGGCUGGGAUUAUCUCCUAAAAAAGAUGACAGUUACAGUAUGAGCGUGGAUAAUAUAAUCGACUCCUCUGCCUGGGUUAUAAGAAACGCAUCUGACUUAAAUAACAUAUUUUGUGGAUACAUAUAUAGAAUAUAUGUUCAGUAUGCUUACUGCACUUAUAGAAACAAAAUGAUAUGUGAGAAGAUGGCCAGUCCAGUGCAGCUUGGUUUUAUACAUUUUAGGGAGGCAUGAGUCAUCAAUCAAAUACAUUUAAGGAGAGUGGCGGGUUGGGGUUCCAGGCUAUAGGUAAAUUUAAAUAUUUUCUGGUUGACCACAAUUGGUUGAGUUUGUGUAAGGACCUGGGAUUUUAUCAUGCAGAUGAAGCAUCCAGGUAGCAAGCUUCAGAGAGAACAGAUUGUGAAUGUUAAUGCUGGGGAGGUAUAAUGAAGCAUGUCCCUCCUCCCACUUCCCAUCAUCGCCUGAACCCUGGAGAAGAGGAAGUCCAUUCAGAUGGCUGUGGGGGGGCCUUCGAAUUUUAUUUUUCAUUUACAUUCUUCCCCUUCUGGCCAAGAUUUGCCAGAGGCAACAUCCAAGACCAGCAGAUUUUAAUUUUGUCCCAUAGCAUUGCCAGGGUGGCAUGGCUCGCCAUCUCCGGUCCAUCCUAUACUCCAUGGGACUCCCUAUAGCUGAAGGCCUUAUGAGUCAAAGGACUUUUAGCCAAUUGAUUGUUCUAGGCCAGAUAAGAAUGGAUGUGGACAUGCAUUUAUUACCUCUUAAAAUUAUUAUUUUAAGUAAAAGCCAAUAAACAAAAAUGAAAAG